AUGAUUCUCAAGAUUCUUGGGUUGAAUCUUGUAUUCGGCCUCUUUGCCGCAGCCCAGCCAAACUCAUCGCAUUUGCCCAUUGUCGACCUUGGCUACGAGUUGCAUCAAGCCAUUUCCUACGAGGAACGAGUCGGACUCUACAACUUUUCCAAUAUCCGCUAUGCUGCCGCACCAGUUGGAGAUCUCCGGUUCAGAGCCCCUGCUCCUCCAAUGGUUAACAGAUCCACGGCUCAACAAGGCUCUGAGGCCCGUAUUUGCCCGCAGGCUCUCCCAUCUUGGAUGCCCCAGUCCGGUUCGAAUGCAAUUAGCUAUGUCACAAAUGGCAGCGUUACCAGCAUGGGACCUGUUCUGAUGGAUCCACGUGCGAGUGAGGAUUGUCUCUUUCUGGACGUGGUCGUGCCGAAGAAGAUCUUCGAGACUUCUGGCAAAAAGAAGGGAGCUCCCGUCCUGGUAUGGAUCUACGGAGGGGGGUACACGGGUGGCUCUAAGACUGGUCAAGGGAGCGGUUCUCCCGUGGGUCUUCUGCGUCGCGGAAAGAAUGAAUUCAUCUAUGUGGCGAUUAACUGCCGUCUUGGUGCCUUUGGAUGGCUAAGUGGUUCAGCUAUUCAACGGAAUGGCGCAGCGAAUUCUGGGUUGUUAGACCAGCGUUUUGCCUUGGAAUGGGUCCAACAGUAUAUUCAUCUUUUUGGCGGCGACCCGAACCAUGUCACAGUCAUCGGCGAGUCAGCAGGAGGUGGCUCUAUCCUGCAUCAAAUCACUGCCUACGGUGGUAGUAAUGGGCCUGUUCCAUUCCAACAGGCUAUAUUGCAGUCCCCUGCAUUUAUCCCCGAACCGAUACUCAAUCCCGCUGAGCAAGAACGGAUAUUCAAUCAAUUCCUGCGAUUUGCCAAUGUUAGCACACUGGAGGAGGCCCGGCGCCUGCCCUCAUCUGUCCUUAUGGAAGCCAACCGCCAACAGGUCUACAACUCCCCUCUUGGAAGCUUUACCUAUGGGCCCGUAGUGGACGGCAUAUUCGUUCCGGAAUCUCCAUCUCGUCUACUACGCCAGAGAAGACUGGACACGAAUGUCACUCCGAUGUUGGCGUAUAAUGGUAACGAUGGAAUCAUCUUCUCCGACUUCUCUCUACGGAACAACAGUGAUUAUCAAGGCUACAUCACCGGCUUGCUUCACCUCCAGCCUAAUGACACUGCCUAUGUCUCUAGCCAGAUGUAUCCGCCAAUCUUUGACGGCUCUCACCGUUACACGGAUGAAAUAGGUCGUGCGGGUGCUACUUUCCAGGAAGCAAUUAUUCAGUGCAAUGAUAUCUCGCUUGCGCUGGCUUUGUCAAAUGCUACCUUUAACUAUGUUUUCGACGUUUUCCCCGGCCUUCAUGCACAAGACAUUUCAGCAACAUUUGAUGCCAACUUAGACCCAGCACCAGGCGUUUUCGACCCACUUAUUACUCUGCAGCAGCUCGUCACCAGCUUUACACUUACAGGAACGCCAACCACAGACCUUGCCGGCAAUAUGCCAAUGUAUGGUCGCAGAAAUACACUGUUGAUCUUGAAUGCAACCAGUAUCGGCACACGCAGUGAAGAUCCACGUGUAGUGGAAAGAUGCGAAGAAUGGUAUAGAAUUCUGGACGCGGCUUAAUAACCGGUAGUAGCCAUGAAGUUCAAC